GUCGUUUUUAGGACUGCUGUUCUUCGAUCCACGCUUCUCUGUCUCCCGCUUGAAGGGCAUGCCGAGGAGUCACCACACAGCGGUCGACUACGGGCGUUGUCGUUUUAUUUGCGCAACGAAGAGGCGAAGCAAAUGCAGAGGGCUUCUUCAGAAGACUUAAAGAGAGAGGUUUUCAAAAAAAAAGUCUUCUCUUGGUGGAGCGAAUCCGGACAUCGUUGGCCAAGGCAGAGACAGCGUCAGAGGAAGACACCGCAAAGAGAAGGCGGAAGGGAGGCCGAAAAAGAGAGAGAGGAGAUGGACAGAGCGAAGACGAGGAGAUACGGAGAAAAAGAGGAGAGAGAAAAAGAGGAGACACAGAGAAGCGAUAGAGAGAGACACAGAGAGGCGAUAGAGAGGAGGGAAAGAGAAAGAGGGACAGGAAAAGGCCGGAAAUGCACACACAGAUGCAGAGAGAGGAAAAACGAAAGAGGCAAAAGCUGGACAGAUCGAGAAAACCGGAGAAGAAGGAAGAAGCGCCGGACAGAGGGAAAUGCCGGUGACAGAACACAACAAAAGAGGACCCUUUCGUUUCGCCGUGAAAAAGCCGACUAGCUGCGGAUCUCCGAGUGUUCAUUCUUGUACCCUUCGAGACAAUUAAAAUGAGAGAGAAAAAGGCGGAAAACGAGAAGAGAAAGGACGUUGCGGCAGAAAACGGAAGCGUUUCUUUCCUCGCUAUUGUUUCUCUGGACACUCGAGACAGCUGCCGAUUCAGGUUCAAGUGAACUAUACGCUGCAUGCGACUAUCGAUUGGUACGACGGCUGCAGACGCGAAAGCUGCAGUUUCUUCUUCGCCUUUUCCUCUGGACUGUUUCGCUUCCUGUUUGAAAGCGAGUCAUUUUCCUUCUCCCUCUUUCUGUGUCUCUUUCCUUCUUCUUCCCUCAACUCUUGACAGUACCGAGGCGGCUUGCAUGCAUGCGCUCGCGAAUUUUUCUCGCGUUGUUGAGACUUUGUCUUCUGCAGGUUUUUCCCUCCGCAGUGUUUCCCCAUUUGUCCCCUCUGCUGUCUCCUCCUUCAGUUGACUUCUUUCAUCGCAUUCGCCUUCAAGUGUCUGGCUCCUCCUCCUUCUGCUCUGUUCGUCUCUCGCGCCUCUUAUCUCCCUGCCGCUUCCUCACUUUUCAGGUCUCCAGUGUCCCUAUUUUUCGGCUCUCGCCUUUUCAAGAGCCUCGACAGUCGUCGUUCCUGCGAGCUUUCUGUCAUUUUAAAGAGGAACCACUCGUUCUUUUCAGUUCUUUCCCUUCGUUUGGUCCUCGACUCUUCUCGCUUCUCCUUUCCUCCUCCCAGGUGAGCCGUGUUUCUUCGUUCUUCCUGUGGUGAGGUUGAGUAUCCACUUUUCUUUCUCUUUUACUGGGAAGUCAGAGACAGAGAGAACAGGGAACAUCCGGUAGACGAAUCAGCAGAGUCCGUAUGGCCCUCCCGAGUCCCUCUUCUCUUCCUAGAUUACUUUUCUUCUCAUCUUCUCUUUUCCACUUCGUCUCCUACCGUUUUGCCUCUCUUUGUCCAUUCCUUGCGGAGACUCUACGCAACCUGUAGAGGCGCCGCCGCCGCAGAACGGCCUUCCUGGCUGCAGUCGUUCGUUUCGGACCUCCGCAUAUAAGGUGGACGACAAAACACUACAGAAAGAACGGGGAUGGACUUCCGGAGCGCUUCGGCAGACCACUGCCUCUGAGAUGACCUCUCUUUCUCUUCUUUCGAGAGACAGAAUAUCGCAGAGUACAAAACGAGGGGAUGCUUCCUCACGCGCGAUCCGAGCCUUGCCUCGCGAAUGACGGAGGGGCUUUCUGUGAGAGAGAUUGAGCCCCCAAUUUCGCUCCACGUGCAUGCAGUCACGCGCCCCAUAUACUCCCAUGCGGAGAAGGGAGAAAGCCAGAACUAGGUAAGGAGGACUCGCAUCUCCUUUCUGAAAAAUGACACCCAACUCGUCGCCAUUCUCGUCCGCCCUCUUCCUUUCCGGGGUGUUUUUCGGGACGCUUCUCGGUGCACAGCUGGCGCGCUACCGCUUGAAUCACCCAUCGUCGACCUCUUCUCGUUCUCUUUCUUCUCCUUCUUCUCCGUCUUCUCCUUCUUCUCCGUCUUCUCCGUCUUCUCCAUCUUCUGGUUCUCCUUUCUCCUCUCCGUCUCUUCAAGGCGUUCACAGCACUUUGCGGGGGUCUUCAAGGGGAGAGUUGGCCGCUCCUGUGUCUUCGGCAACGCGAGCUUCGGAGCACCAUAAACACGAGACGGAGGACGCGGAGAGAGCGACGAGAGACCGCCGAGGCGCGGAUCCGAACGGACUUCCUGCCUCGGCGCCCGACGAGGCCGGCAGCAUUAGUGAAGGAGACAGCAAAGGAGAGGAUACUGGAGGUGAUAGCUGGAUGGACCUGGCGAGCGAGCAGGGUGAGGAAGGGGAGAGCGACAGCCAGGAGACUGAGGCUGAGCGUAGACAGAGAGACCGUCUCGCGCGGGACUGUCUGAGAAGCCUGAGAGGAGAGACAGUCGAGCUUUCUCCUUCUCCGUGCCUAGUCCUGGAGGUGUGUAGUGACAGCGACGAGUCGAGACGCGCCUGCCACCGCCCCCGCUCUCCCGGUUUUCUCAGCGAUUUCGCUCGCCUGCUCUCCACAACCGUACGGGGGCUGCAUCGCACCCUUCCGGGGGCCUUCGCUGGCUCCUCGGACCUCGACGCGGAGACACCUGUGGGGACAGGGGAGAGCGAGGAGACACUCUUCCCCGUCUCGCUUCGGCUCCCGGACGCCUGGUGGGAUGAGACGGCCUCGUACGCCCAGCGCUUCAGCCGCCAAGUCCUGCUGCCUUCGUGGGGUCUUGCGGCUCAGAGACGCCUGCGGACAAGUUCAGUUUUGAUUGUGGGGUGCGGCGGCCUAGGCUGUCCAGCGGCUCUCUACCUUUGCGCCGGAGGCAUUGGUCGCCUUGGCCUCGUCGACGGGGACGACGUUGAAGUUUCAAACUUGCAGCGACAGGUCGCCCAUACGGAAGCUCGCGCGGGGUGGAAGAAAGUUCACUCGUUGCGCCACACGUGUCGGGCUGUCAACUCCCAGGUCGCCAUCGAGACGUACCCGUUCCACCUUUCGUGGGGAAAUGCUCUGAACUUGGUGCGGCGUUUUGACGUUAUCGUCGACGCGACUGACAAUCAACCUACCAGGUUUCUUCUCAACGAUGCCUGCGUCCUGGCAGGCAAGCCUCUCGUGUGCGGCAGCGCGCUGCGCUGGGAGGGCCAGCUCUGUGUGUACAACCUCGGUUUGUCUCCUGGGUCCACGGGCUCUCCCGCUUCAUCCAGUUCUCUCCGCUCGCCCUGCUACCGCUGUCUCCACCCCGUCCCGUCAGGAGACGCCGAGGCAGGGGCCUGCGACGUCCACGGCGUCAUUGGGCCUGCUCCCGGCGUCGUGGGCAUUCUUCAGGCGCUAGAGACGCUCAAAAUCUGCGGCGGAUUGACGCGUGGCGAGGCAUCGGCGCGUUUGCUGACCUUCGAUGGCCUCGACGUCGAUCGGCCCUUCCGGACAUUUCGCCUAAGGCGAAAACGAGAAGACUGUCAAUCGUGCGGCACAGGUCCUCAGCGCAUUACGUCUCUCACGCCGCGCCCCGAGUAUUCGGUGGUGUGCCCCUUUCCCGUCCUCGCCGAGCAUCAGAAGCUUUCCUCGACGCUCUUCAUGCUCAUGUUUUCUCUCCACCUGGUUCUCCACCGCCAACUAUCCUGUCUUCUUACUGGCAGCGUCGUGGCGGGCCUGCUGCUGCAUGCGCGGCUCCGGCCUUCCAGGGAUUCACAUGAGGGCGACGCGAGAGACGCCGGAGAAGCAGACGAAGUGAAAGGCCAGGGACAAGGCGACCGCGUCGAUGCUCAGGCUGGCUGUCUCGUCUUUCGGUCUGGUUCGGAGAAACAUCAUGAAUUCUCGUCUUUCUUUCCUUCAUUUCCUACGUUUUCUUGUCCCCAAACCGCAGCGGCGAAGGCUGCCUUCCGCGCCGUCGUUAUUGCUGCCACUGUGUGUGCUCGGGGCCUGAGAGAUGAAACCGAGGCCUUUCGGUUUGCUGGGGAAGCGGAGAAGCGGGGAGAGGCGGGGGUUCAGACCUCCGUGUCGAGGAGAGGGGAAAGCAAGGACACACCUGAGCCGGACGCGAGUUACUUGCUUUUGCCUAUUGAUGUUCGACCCUGCGUCCACGCAGAGGUUGGCCAACUCCCCUUCUCCCUUCACUUGCCGCUGCCGCAGUUGCAGAAGGAAGUAGAGAACAUCAGGAAGCUGGUCAGAGAGCAGACGGAAGAAGAGGGAGACGGAGAAACAGGGGGACUGGUAGAGGAGAGUGCGUGGGAAAACGGAGGGCCGGAAGCCGAGGAGCCGAGGCCGAACGCGCAGACACUUGCACAUCGUGAAAAGUGGACGAGAGCGAAGGCAGAUGACCGUAGCGAACGAGGGAGCAGAGCCCAGAAAGAGAGACAAGCGAACCCACGCACGCACGAUGUCGUGCAUAUGACACUGCUGCAGCGUUUCAUUCUCCAGCAGCUCCACCUUUCACUCUCUGAUUUUCGAGGCAGCAACACGCCAGCCCCACUGAGUCACAUCAUUUGUGUCCUGAUCUGUAGACGAGGGAACGAUAGUGCUAUUGCCACAAAACUCCUUGCGAGAUUAAACGAUGAGACAUGCAGUGUAAAAAUACGGAGAAACGGAAGUCACAAACAGGGAGAAACGGCGGGAGGAAGGAGUAACGCGUUUGAGGACACCCACUCAGAUGCAGAAGGGUCGUCUGGAGUUGCGGACAAGGCUGACGGAAAAGUGUGUGCCGGAGCACUGCGGACAGAGCACAGAAAGAAAGAGGGGGAAAGCUGUGAAGGGGGCAAACAAUCAGUUUGUGUAGACAGCAGAAUUGAGGAGGCAACAGGAAAACAACACGGAAAUUGGCGCGGCCACACAGGCGCAGGGAAGGAGGGCAAGAACAAGAGUGGUGAGAACGGCGCGAAAGAGGACACAGAGGGAUCGGACGAAGAGAUACAGAAAUUAAAAGACUUGAGUGCAGAGAGAACUGGAGGAAAGCGAGGGCAUGGACGAACGGGACCUGGAAGAAAAUUGGAGAAAUGCACUCAGAUUCGCAUUCCCCAGGUCUCUGUUUUCAAUCUCACCGGCGGCCUCCUGCAGCUCCAGAGGCAGGGAUUCCUCUCCAUGCCGAUUGUGUGAGGGACGAGGAAAGAUCAGCUAGCAAACGAUGUGAAAGAAUUUAUUUUUGAUUUGUGCGAUGAUCUGGCAUUUGCGUCUUUUUUCUGAUCAGUUGCCCGAAAAGAGUGCCUUCUUUCGUUGACGGGUGAACUGUGUUUUCUUCCGAAUGCAGCUGAUUUAUGCAGCUAGCAAACCAAUCGCCAUUCAGUGCGUGGACGUUCCCCGAAAAAUGUGACCUCCACCGUCUGCAUUGAAGAUCCUGUCACGUUGAACGAGAUCGCGUCGGUGGGGGCGUGGUCAGCGACUCUGUACUGCAUACCUCAAAGUGGAUAUACCACUACAACUCGGU